CUCUCAUCAAACCACUUAGGGCCUCCGCGAAUGUCUUUGGGCCGGCGCACACGCUCUCGAACGGGCUGUCCGCAGUGCGUGCGAGUCAGCCGCAAAUGCGAGGAAACUCGCCCAGUAUGCCAGAGAUGUGAGCGCUUGGGUUUCGCUUGCGACUACUCCCCGCGCUUCCAGUGGAAACCAUACAACCCUAUCAAAAACGCGGAGUCCUCUAAGGCACUGAUACCAAGGAGUCCCUCCGCAUUCUGUGAAUGCACUAACAGGCUUAACGGGAGACAAUUAUUAGAUCUAUUCUCUACGGAUGGCAGCCGUGUUUUACAUUGGAGAGGUCUCCCCCAGAGUAACCUGGUCGGUGACAUCAUGCAAUUAUGCCAACAGCAUGCUGCCAUCCGAUAUAGUGUGGAGGCGCUGAUGUCGUUAUGUAGCGAAUGCUGCAACCUCUCCACCUCACCAGAAUUGACCGAGCGAUUGAUGAGGCCAAGGAAUUCUUCAAUGCAGACCUACAUCCUGACAACGAAGCCCUGACUACUUGUAUGGUCCUUUUGUCUCAAGUUGCUAUGAGGGCAGGGUAUAGCUGGACCCACCAGAUCUCACAGAUACUCGAAAUUGAGUCUCGUCUGUGGAGAGAUGAUAGCAUUGCUUGUACAAGUGACGCCAACCACAUUCUGGAAGGCUUAGGUGGCCUUGAUAUGGAUGUCUGGAUCGUAGGGAGGCAGACAGAGCCACUGCACAUUUGGGCAACCUGGUGCAUGGGUCGAGAGGGCAUUGAGCCGAUUACAGGACUCCCCCGCCCUUUGCUAGACUUGAUUGCCCGUGUCUCUCGAAAAGAAGACGUCGCGUCCGAGCUGAGGCAGUUUAUCGCGACAUUGCCGCAUAUGCCGACGUCGGCGGAGAGCCUCUGGCGUUGCUUUACUGUCACAGCCCUUCUUUGCAUAGAGGGCAAUCUGAGGCCGUGCGGUGUCGGCAAUGUGACGCCGCAACUGCUGAAGCUUCUGCGUGUCUUUAUAUCAUCCUCAACCGGAGAAGACAACCUUCGUUCCCUGGGCUGGCCGGCAUUCGAGCUCGGGAUUCACAUCCAAGACAAUGCUCAAGGCGGAAUGGCUCUAGUAGAUACUAUCCUCGCGCAUUUAUUCGAGCAAUCUGGCGAGGGGUGGAGACGUCCACAAGGAAGCCUGAGGUCACUGAUGAAACAGUUCUGGACAGAGCGCGAUAAAUGUGGUCAUGAGAUCGCAUAUCGUACCCUGCAGAGUCGGGCAGUUGAGAUUGGACUAUGGUAACAUGAAACAAAAUGUACAGACUACUUUUCUUUCCCAGUAAAUCUGUCGAGCACGUUCUUCGUGAUGAGUUCCGUGAAGUCGUCUCUACGGAUUUAGGCCCGCCACCCACUCACACGUUCCAGCACAAAAGACUUCGCCUUUUCCCUUC